AUGGAUGGAUUUGACAGGUUCAUUUCACAUGAUUGGCAGACACCAGGAUGGAGGAAGGUCCUUUCGCUACUCAUUCAAUCUGGCUGGCGCUCGAUGCUAAUUUGGUGGGCCAUUGGCACUGCCGUGUCUUUCUUCCUGUGCAUGGUAGAUGUGCUUCCUCUGUUUUACAAGUCGGAGGCUCGAAUCCUCGGGUUUCAGAGUGUGCUUCCCAUGGGCUGUUGGGUCACGCUGGGUGGCGCGAUCUCAGCAGUGGGAGGGUUGCUGCUGUCGAUGUAUAACCCAUUUGGCAGCCCUUCGUGCUUUCUGGAUGCGGCUUGCAUUUGCCAAACAGAUGACUUGCUCAUGCAAAAGGGGAUCUACAACAUCGGCGGUUGCUUAUCGGUGUCUACAAACCUGCACGUGCUGCUCAGCCGGCACUAUUUCUCGAGGCUAUGGUGUGUCUUCGAGCUCUCAGCAUAUCGGAAACUGAACCCAAGCGGAAGGAUUAUAUUGACUCCCAUCCAUGUCGAAGCUUUUGCAGCUAAUAUAUACAUUUGGCUGCACGCUUGUGGUCUCCUGCUCGUGGUCUUCAGGGCCUCAUAUGAUCAAGGUGGCAUCACAGUUCUUCUUAUGUUUGCCUUCGUGGCAACGGUGCUGCUCCCCUUGUCGCAUUCUUUUCGGCAGCGCAGUUUGGAUUGGCAACAAAUCAUGGCUGAUUUGGACAACUUCGACGUGAUGGAUGUACAGUGCCGCAACGACUUCGACAGACAAUACAUAUAUGCUGCGAUAAGAAGUUGGUAUGGAAGUCUGGACGCAUUUUCGGAGUACGUGCGGGGUCCGUUCCGACAGGAGGUACGCGUCCCGCUGCUUGUUCCAUUCAAGUAUCACUGCGUGCUCAGCACGCCCAUGUUAUCGGUGUCCUUGGACUACAUGCUGGGGCUUUUGAAGGCUGGCAUCCCGCUCAGGAGCCUUCUGGCCUACACGUUGAGCGUCCCGGUGGCCCUCAACUUGCUUUGGUGCCCGGCAGCCAUAAGCCUCAUGGUUUUUGCAUGCGAACAACUACCAAAGCGAUCCUUCAACGGAAGUCUCUACACGCAAACCACCGUGAUCUCCCUGGCGAUGUUGGCUCUCUACAUA